GCCGUCGGCUCAGGCUAGGCCUCCCUAAAAGGGUUUAGAUUUGAGUGUACAACUGCCGCUGAAAUCUAAACCCUUUUUGGCACGACUGGAUGAGAGCGGGGUUCUGGUCAGGGGACUUCUCCACUAGCGCUCAUGUCAAGGACCGGAACCAAAGUCUCCUCUAAGCAGUUCCCAUCCUCAACACAACAUGGCAUCAGUCGAAGAUGCAAAAGAGCUACAAAACCUACUGAGCAGACUCACACCCUCAUCGAUCAUAGCUGAGGGUGGUGUUCCAAUUUUUCACGAUUUCUUCGCCAAAGGCUCCCCCAACGAAGUUGUUCAGUUUUUGCCCCCUCGCUUUUGGACGGAGUUCCAAAGAUUCCAGACGAAGCUUCCCGAUCACCUCAAAGCCUCUAUUCUGCCACAAGUUACACCAUCAUCAUCUCCCGGGUUGGCCCGUACCGUUGUUACUGGCGACCAUAAUGCCUUAUCAUGCGAACCAAGCACGACUGAUCGCUAUCCAGCAAGUCGUCCAACUCGCGAGAAACGACCUGCUGAACAGCACGAUACUCUCAAUGUGAUUACGCCAGAAUCCUUCAGGGAGCCGGAACAACAUCAGAACAUAAAACUUAGGAACAAGGUAGCUAAGUUGAUCGCCAAAAUCAACGCGGCUGCGCUUGAACUGCCCGAGUUUUAUGAGACCAUAUGGAAUACCGAGAAUCGUCCUCAACCACAGAGUAAAGAUGCACUUGAUCGAAUUGCAGGUCUGCAGCAACUCAUCAACGCUAGCGUGGAAAACGAGAGCAAAGCUCUUUGCCAACAACGAAUUGGGUAUAUCCUCUGCGAUCAUGAACUUGAGCUCAUCAGUCGUUCUAUCACAGACAAAGAACUUGAGAGAGGCAAAGAUCGCAAAACAUUGCUUAGUGACAGAUUGUCAGUAAGAAUGGACAUAUCGAAGCGGGAGCUUAGUGAAUUUACACGCCAUGGCAAAUAUUAUCUAUUCUUUUUCUAUGAGUUCGGGCCGGGCGCUGUCAUGAGACUCGGAGUGGGCAACAAGACACUGCUCGAGAGAGAACUCCCUAAGGAUGACGCUCCCUAUGUCUUAAAAUGCAUCAGAAAGUCCUGCCCGGCCUGGGUUUCCAAAUGUAAUGACGUCAAUUAUGAGUCGGCUGUCUCAAUUCUCAGAGGGCUGCAGUUCUCGGGCUGGAGCCCGGAGUCUGACUCUUGCACCAGGGAAUCCGAGUCACUCACUCCCUUCAUGGCGCGUCUGAGGCAAUUCAUUGACUUCGACAAAUUUCUGAAGAGCGGCAAGAUUUGCGACCUUCGACGGCCGGUUUCAGGCCAAGAGCCUGUCCGUGCGAGCCAAUCCCCCGGCCCUUCUCCAGCAACGCCGAUGCAAAGCGAUGAUGUUCCUAUCGAGCAAGAAACAGACUCCGCAUCGGAAAUAGGCUCCUCGGUAGACAGUGAUCUUUUUUGCUCGUCAUUUUCACAGCAUUCCGGGACCCCUGAGGAAGACAUGAUGCACUCCUCGAAGAGGAGGAGAAUAUCUAGAUCGCAUUCCCUAGAACCAAUUGAAGCCACUACAGAUGUACCAUUUACCCAGCGACAUUUCUGGUCUGUCAUUUGGAACGAAGUCAACGGAGCAAGCCCACAUAAUCAGUCUGAUCAAUUACCAAACUCAAGCGAUGUACCCUUCAGCCGGGCUCAACCCUCUGUCCAUUCCAAUAAGCGAAAUAUAUCGCAGACAGACUCUGCAGAACAGCCGUCGCCUUCCAGCACUGAGCCAGAUGAUGCGCAAGCGCUCCCUUCAGGCAGACUUCCCCGUGACUUUAACACCAACUCUCUGGCGUCAUUGGAUCUACAGUUCGACACACGGGAUGUCCUGGGACUUCCCCGCGAUGAUGCGCGCUCUAAUCCAGUCGAUGAUCUGGAUCCCCCUCUUCAUAACAUGCAGUUCGACCCACGGGAUGUCCUGGGACUUCCCCGCGAUGAUGCGCGCUCUAAUCCAGUCGAUGAUCUGGAUCCCCCUCUUCAUAACAUGCAGUUCGACCCACGGGAUGUCCUGGGACUUCCCUGCGAUGAUGCGCGCUCUAAUCCAGUCGAUGAUAACACACAGUUCAAUCCAUGGGACGUCUUGGGUCUCCCGGUGCCUAAUGGUUACCCCAAUCAGGUUGAUAUCUUCGGCCCUCCUCUUGAUGGGACGCAAUGCAACUCGGACAAUAACACUGGACAGAUAGGAAAUGGACCUUUUGGCCUUCAUGAACAAUUCCCCCCUGCUGUAUUUUAG